AUGAGCGAUUCCAAGCCCCCCAAAGACAGCAGCAGCCCCAGCGCAGCGGUCCUGGAUGUCGCUGCUGCUGCUGCAUCAUCAACACCAACACCAGCACCAGUAGCAAUAACACCCCCUUCCAACCCCCAAUCAGCCCACUCCUUCGCCCAAGCCCAGCAACGCCUCAUUGCCCGCCGACAAGCCCGCGAUGCUCAAGAAGCAGCCCGAGUAGCAGCCCAACAAUCCGAAUCCCAACUCCGCGCACGCAUCGCCGCCUCCCAAUCCCCUCUCCUCCGACGGCUCGGCGCGUCGACACUUUCACUGUGGGAUACCAUCUCCAGCCGGGAGGGCACUCGCCCAGCCUUUCGCGUCGGCCAAGUAGACGCCGAACUCCUCGAUGAGGAACUGGUCGAGCUGAUGAAGGGACAAGUAGGGGAGGCGGUUCGGUACUACGGUGGUGGGGGAGGAGGAGGAGACAACAAUAUCAAACAUGAGUGGGACGCCGAGAUAUCGCUUGCCCUGAGGGCCGUGAUAUUCAAGCUUACCAUUUGGGAUCAUGACGCGACGUAUGGUGCUGCGCUGCAGAAUUUGAAAUACACAGACGCCAGACACACGGGGAGUGUCUUGGUGCCGCCGAGCAAGUGGCAGAAGGGGUUGUAUGGGUUGAUGACGGUGGGAGGGAGGUACAUGUGGUCAAAGUGGGAGAACUGGCUUAGGGAGCAGGAUGGAGGUUAUGAUGAGCCGAGCCCGACGGUGCAGCGGCUCUCGAGCAUGACGGACAGACUGUCGACGCUUCACGCCGCCGCUUCGUUUGCGUCGUUCUUGGUCUUCUUGUUACAAGGCCGCUACAGGACGCUUUUGGACCGGGUACUGCGCAUGAGGCUCGCUCCACCUACCAGCCAGGUUAGCCGCGAGGUGUCGUUUGAGUACCUCAACCGCCAGCUGGUGUGGCAUGCCUUCACCGAGUUUUUGCUGUUCGUGCUGCCGCUGGUGGGAAUCAACCGGUGGAGGCGCUGGCUGGCACGGACGUGGCGGAAAACCAAGAAGAUUAUGAGCACAACAGGUGGUGAAGGCGCCGAGGAGAAGAAGGGUGAAUUUGCCUUCUUGCCAGAACGGACAUGCGCCAUCUGCUACCAGGAUCAGAACCAGGCAACAAACGAGAACGAGCUCAUGGCUGCGGCUACUUCCAAGACUGGUGUGGUCGGAUCGGCGCAGACUGAUGUCACAAACCCUUACGAAACCAUCCCAUGUGGAUGCGUCUACUGCUUUGUCUGCUUGGCGACAAGAAUCGAAAGGGAGGAAGGGGAAGGUUGGAACUGCUUGCGGUGCGGCGAGCUCGUCAAGGAGUGCAAGCCAUGGAGUGGAGAUGUGUUGGAGCCCGAGUCAAAAUCACCAGCUCAGAAGACGGUUGUGUUUGCAGAUGAUGUCAAGGAUGCCUCCGACGAUGAACAGGAGAACUCGCAGGUCUUGGUACAGCAAGAGGAUGACGAUGAAUACCCAGAAGAGGAAGGUGAAGAGGGGGGGGAGGAGGAUGAAGAGGCAAGUAGAAGUCUGGAAGACCUUCGGACAGAGUCAGCUAGCGAAGAAUCCUCAGAACAGGAGGCUGACUCUGAGGGUGACGAAUCGGAAGACUAUGAGGCGGAGGAGGAGGAGUUGGGAGCGGAUCUUGAUGAGGACUAG